CUAACAGAGUGGCUGGGGACGAGCCUCCUCCUGAUGCUGCUGCUGCUGCUGCUGCUGUUUAACUGUUGUUACUGCUGCUGUGAUAUCCUCCCAUAAUUAAGGCUAGCAAUGGCGUCCUUAUUAAAAACUUCCUCCAUAGUCGCUGGGAAGCUUCUCCCACAGUCCCUGGCAGUGACCUUUGGUCGGCCAGCAAGUAAUGCAAGGAACUUCCAUUUCUCCAUGGAGGGUAAAUGUGCCAGUGCCAAAACUACUACUGAUCAGCUUUCUCGAGACUACCCUGUAGUUGACCACACUUAUGAUGCUGUGGUAGUUGGUGCUGGUGGUGCUGGUUUACGUGCUGCAUUUGGUCUGGUUCAGGAAGGCUUCCGUACAGCUGUCAUCAGCAAGCUGUUCCCAACACGAUCUCACACUGUGGCUGCUCAGGGUGGUAUAAAUGCUGCUCUUGGCAACAUGGAGCCAGACAAUUGGAUAUGGCAUAUGUACGAUACAGUGAAGGGUUCUGACUGGCUAGGUGAUCAGGAUGCUAUCCACUACAUGACUCGUGAAGCUCCAAAAGCAGUCAUUGAAUUGGAGAACUAUGGGAUGCCCUUCAGUCGCACCCAGGAUGGCAAAAUCUAUCAGCGAGCCUUUGGUGGUCAGAGUUACAACUUUGGCAAAGGAGGUCAGGCUCACAGAUGCUGCUGUGUGGCAGACAGGACUGGCCACUCUCUGCUACACACACUAUAUGGACAGUCCCUGAAAUAUGACUGCAAUUAUUUCAUUGAAUAUUUUGCUCUGGAUCUCCUGAUGGAAGAUGGUGAAUGCUGUGGUGUUAUAGCACUCUGCCUAGAAGAUGGCUCAAUCCAUAGAUUCCAUUCCAAAAACACUGUUCUGGCCACUGGAGGUUAUGGUCGUACAUUCUUCUCCUGUACCUCUGCUCACACCUCCACUGGUGAUGGCACCGCAAUGGUCUCCCGUGCUGAUCUACCUUGUCAGGACUUGGAAUUUGUUCAGUUCCAUCCCACCGGAAUCUAUGGUGCUGGGUGCUUGAUAACUGAAGGGUGUCGAGGUGAAGGUGGCUACUUGGUUAAUUCUGAAGGAGAACGGUUCAUGGAACGUUAUGCACCAGUUGCCAAAGACUUGGCCUCCCGGGAUGUUGUCUCACGCUCCAUGACGAUAGAACUUCUAGAGGGCCGAGGGUGUGGACCCGAGAAAGAUCAUGUCUUCUUACAGCUCCACCAUCUGCCUCCAGAUCAGCUGGCACAAAGGUUGCCAGGUAUUUCAGAGACAGCCAUGAUCUUUGCUGGUGUAGAUGUAACUCGUGAGCCCAUCCCUGUACUUCCCACAGUCCACUACAACAUGGGUGGUAUUCCAACCAAUUACAAAGGACAGGUUAUUACAUAUGAUGGACAAGGAGACAAGAUUGUGCCUGGUCUUUAUGCUGCAGGUGAGGCAGGAUGUGCCUCUGUCCAUGGAGCCAACCGUCUGGGAGCCAACUCUCUUCUUGAUCUUGUGGUGUUUGGUCGAGCUUGUGCCCACACGAUAUCCCAGGAGAACAAGCCUGGUGAUGCCAUCAAAGAGCUAUCUCCUAAUGCUGGUGAGGCAUCAGUGGCCAACAUUGAUAAGCUGAGGUUUUCCAAAGGCAGUAUGUUCACUGCAGAAAUACGAUCCACAAUGCAGAAAACCAUGCAGAGUCAUGCUGCUGUGUUCCGAACUGGUGAAGUACUGAAAAGAGGCUGUGAUAAAAUUGCUGCUUUAUGGCCUCAAUUGAAUGACAUUAAGUUGGUUGAUCGUGGGAUAAUAUGGAACACUGACUUGGUUGAGACCCUUGAACUUCAGAACCUUAUGUCCAAUGCCAUCCAGACAAUAUUCUCAGCAGAGGCUCGCAAGGAGUCUCGUGGUGCUCAUGCUCGUGAAGAUUUUAAGAUUCGCAUAGAUGAGUACGACUACAGCAAGCCACUAGAAGGCCAAGAACGCAAACCACUUGAAAAUCAUUGGAGGAAGCACACACUGUCCACUGUUAAUAUGGAAACUGGCACUGUAA